UUUCAACACUCACUAGUGUGUCUCCAAGUCUUUUUGUGUAUUGGGAAGUGUUUGAGACCAGAACCUCCACACGAGGAGGGUCUUGGGAAACACCUGCAAAUGGUGCAUUUGAUGACUCAGAAUUUUAAGGUGCUCUAAUUUUCAAAGUUGAUGUCUCAACAUUCUUGCAGUAGACUUCCCUUACUGUCUGUAAAUGCAAAUCCAUUUAGUGUAUAUUUCAAAGCAAAUGUUUUCUAUAUUUCUCUGGCAUUAGUUGCCAUGGAAUUUAGAAUUUUUUCCAGAAGCCUAUUUAAUAACUAUUUUCAGCUGUGAUAUUAGGCCUUCAUAAAAUUCUGCUUAGGAACGUGGAAGCCAUGGCCACCCCCUCUAUGACAUUAAGUCAUGUGACAUGGGGUCUCUGCCCAGUCUACAGGCAUUUCUAACUACAUUUCUUUGAAUGGAAAAGUGAUUUUGCUUUUGCAGUCCUCAUGGCUAUAAAAGAAAACCUCAUGAGCAAUAACCUGUGAAUGUCCUGUUCCCCUAUAAAGUAGAAUGGAUCUCAGCUGCUUUGCUUUAAGGGGGCCAAGAUGGGUCGCCGAGCUCAAAAGGAGCCAGCUCAGGCUGAGAAUCACUUCAGUGACAGGAAUGCCUCGGUGACUCUGACCAGUGAGGCUCCCCCUCCCAAGCCUCCUCGCAGGCUGGGCGGCUGGGCGGAUGAUUCCAUGAAGGCGUCAAAGUUUGGGAGGAAGGCUUCAGAAGAGAUAGAAGACCACCGCCUCAGACGGCACAGCCUGGAUGGAAUGGAUGACGGAGGAGAUAUUCCCAUCAUCCCGGAUCUGGAAGAAGUGCAGGAGGAGGACUUUGUUUUGCAGGUGGCAUCGCCUCCGAGCAUCCAGGUGAACCGGGUGAUGACCUACCGCGACCUGGACAAUGACCUCAUGAAGUACUCGGCCUUUCAGACCUUGGAUGGUGAGAUUGACCUGAAGCUCCUCACCAAAGUGCUGGCUCCAGAGCAUGAAGUACGAGAGGACGAUGUUGGUUGGGACUGGGACCAUCUAUACACGGAGGUGUCCUCGGAGCUCCUCACCGAGUGGGACCAGAUGCACACUGAGAAGGAGGACCCCCCAGGACCACCUCGGAACACCUGAACGCAUUAUCUCUGCCUCAGACCUGGAGCAAUGCAGUAGGCCUCAAGCCAAGGAAACUUACAAGCGGAUGAGAAUUUCUAUAUGGAAUAUUUUGUAAUAAAAAUAUUUUCAGUAGACCACACUGGGUCAUUCACAUGCAAUAAAUGGCUUUAUUCUGUG